AGGGGGCGCGCGCGGCCUCUGCGCCGCCUCCGCUUCCACCGGCGUGCGGCCCGCGCCCGGCGGCCCCUGCGUGCCGAGCCGCCGAGUGCAGCAGCCUUGAUCUCAUGGCAGGUGAAAGCUGAUCACCUGUCUUGCAUUUGUGGCACUGAUCUUAGCGGGUUCCUGCAAUAAGGAAGCUUUGCUGCUGUGGCCAGAGGUGUAAGAGCAGAAGGAGCCCUUCCCCUGUCAAGGUCUCUCACCUGCUCCAGGGACUCGGAGCGAUGUCCUACGUGUUUGUUAACGACUCCUCGCAGACCAACGUGCCGCUGCUGCAGGCUUGCAUCGAUGGAGACUUCAACUACUCCAAACGGCUGCUGGAGAGCGGCUUUGACCCCAACAUCCGAGACAGCCGGGGCCGAACCGGCCUCCACCUGGCUGCAGCCAGGGGGAACGUGGACAUCUGUCAGCUGCUGCACAAAUUCGGUGCUGACCUCCUAGCCACUGACUACCAGGGUAACACAGCUCUUCACCUCUGCGGCCAUGUGGACACCAUCCAGUUCCUGGUGUCUAAUGGGCUUAAAAUUGAUAUCUGCAACCACCAAGGUGCAACACCGCUUGUUCUGGCGAAGCGAAGGGGUGUGAAUAAAGAUGUGAUUAGGCUGCUGGAGUCUUUAGAGGAGCAAGAGGUGAAAGGAUUCAACAGAGGAGCUCACUCCAAGCUGGAAACGAUGCAGACUGCUGAAAGCGAAAGUGCCAUGGAGAGCCAUUCCCUCCUUAAUCCAAACCUGCAGCAAGGUGAGGGAGUUCUCUCCAGUUUCCGCACGACAUGGCAAGAGUUUGUGGAAGACCUGGGCUUCUGGAGAGUGCUGCUGCUCGUCAUUGUCAUUGCCCUGCUGUCCCUUGGCAUCGCCUACUAUGUUAGUGGUGUGCUCCCUUUCGUAGAAAACCAGCCUGAGCUGGUGCACUGAGGCAGAUGUAGAGAGUGCACUGUGCUUUCCCUUGCUCUGCUCUCACCUGGAGCUCCUUUCUGCUUGUCUCUCAGUGUAGGCAGUGGAGCCGUAUCUGCUGUUUGCCUUUCCUACCCUUUUGAAAGAGGGAUUCCUUCAUUUCAAGUAAAACACUAAAUUCUAAAGCACUCCUAAGCUACCACUGACUUACCUUGAUUUGCAAGCAAGAUGUGAAGAUAAUCCUCUCUGAUGGUAAAGUGUUGUGAUUAGGAAAGGCCUUUCAUAAUGAAUAUUAAAUUCCUGGGCAUGAAGGAUACAUCCUAGUACAGAACUCAGUUCGAUCUAUUUUGCUUAUGGAAAGAGGUACAUCUGUGACUGGGCUCUUUUGUAUGUGUGUUUCACUUGAAAGAAAUACUCUUUUAAAAGUCCUCCUCCAACAAUCUGAAUAAUCUCAUCACUCAUUCUAAACUUCAUAGCUCCUUUAAUGCCUCCCCGUAAUUUCCUACCCGCUGUUUGAUAAACAGAAUGAGAGCUAGCUGAAGCUUUGCUGUGUCUGUACUGUGUGGCUCCCUCCUUUGCUAGGUUCAUGUGCUUUCUUCCUCAGCAGAAUUUAGUGCUGUUGCUACCUGCCUGAGUACCUCCUGUGGAACAAAGCUGGCUGUUGUGCUUUGGCAGUAAGGUCAAUUCAGCCUUAGGCUGAAACGUUGCGUUUUGGUGAUGUGUUACUAAGCAAACCCUUUCUUUGUCAAGGUGGUGAAGAAGUGCUUUAGGUGUUCUGCUCUGUAUGUAAUAACACUGUGAGGCCAUUGUCUUUGUGAAACAUGUAAUGAAGGAUUACUUUUUCUUCCUCCCACCAGCACCAGAGUGAGCCAGGUAAUUGUGUUGCUCUCCUGUUUGUGGGGAGGACUGGGUUGAACAGAAUUCCUCUCUAGAACUGCUUUGCAUUUCAGCUGUUUGCAGCACAGGCUCGGGAGUUAUUGUCUGAGUAUGCAGAAUAAAGUAUUUCAGAUGUUACUAUUGGGGAACGUUGAUGUGAAAUGAAAUGAACUCCUGGCCCAGUCUGUACCUAGCUGUGAAAUCCUCUGUAAAUAACCUACGGGUGAGCCUCUUUUGAGAAGACCAGAAGGGCACUACGUGUAUUGAGCUGGAGGUUUUCAAAGCAAGCAGAUCCUCCUCUCCUGUGCUGAUUCGGUAUCUAACUCCCUUUGUUCCCAUUGCCUUGAAAAUCCCAAACAAAAGGAAUUCUGCAACCCUAAUGAAUCUUUUUUUUUUCACUUAGCCACUCCUAAUUUGUUGCUGAAUAGCAUCAAACAUUUGUAAAGUUAAAAGCUACAAUAAAUAGCCACACCUCUGUUCUGAUA